GUCGUUCUGUGUUAUGCAGCAGAGCUGGUGGGUGGACUGUCUGAAUACUGAAGAUCUGCCUCCUUUGGUAAAUAUCAAGAAGGAGGACGAGAGAUCCACAUCUUGAGUAAUAAGUGAACGACACUGACCCAUCAACAGUUUGUCAAAAUGUCAAACAGCGACUUCCAGAGACUUGAGUUCUUCCGCAGCCUCCUGAGCGGCUGCAGCCUCGGCCCGUUCUGUAAUAACUCCCCCCUAUAUUUCCAAAACACAAGUGAUGACCACGAGCUGGAGAUUCUUGAGGAUGGACCCCCCUGGUUGCGAAUCGUCAUCUCCGUCGUGUACAUCAUCGUGGCUACUGCCGGAGUGCUGAGCAACUUGCUGGUGAUGUUCCUGCUGUAUUCCACACACACCAUCCACACCGGCACCAUCAAUUUCUUUGUGUUCAACCUAGCUCUGGCCCACCUGCUCUUCUCCCUGGCCUUGCCGUUUUGGGCCGUGGACAUUGCUCUGGACUACAGCUGGCCUUUCAGCCUGGCCACGUGCAAGGCCGUGUCCUUGCUCACCGGACUGAACGUCUUCGCUAGCUGCUUCUUCCUGACGGCUAUGAGUUUGACCCGUUACUGCUUGGUGGCGACUGCCCUCAGACCCAGGACCUCCCUGUGCAAUCGAUCCUGCACCUCUCCAGUGGCCGCGGCCUUUAUCUGGGCCGCAGCGCUGAUAGCCGCAGUGCCCCGAGCUGUGUUUGCUGACCUGUCACUCGUGGGCAACGACACAGCAUGCCUGCUCCGUUUCCCAGCUGGCACCGCCUGGCUCGGAAUAAACCAGCUCCUGCGCAUGGUGCUUGGUUUUCUUCUGCCCUACGCCAUCAUACUCCUCUCCUACCUGCUUCUGCUGCGCUUCCUCUGUCUCCACAAGCUGAAAGGCAGCAGCUCUCGGCGAAAGGCUGAUAUUUCAAAGUCUGUGGCGGUGGUGGUGCUUUCCUUCUGCGUCUGCUGGUUCCCGUACAACGUCCUCACGCUUUGGGGCGUCCUGAUCCAGCUUGACAUCCUCGAUAUCAGCCUCUCGUUCUACGCGGCUCAAACAUACUUUUUCCCUCUGGCUAACUGCUUGGCUUUCACCAGCAGCUGCUUCAACCCUGUCAUCUACUGCCUGGUUAGAAAGGAAUACCGCUUGGCACUCCACAACGUGCUCCUCAAGUUGAAUCUGGCCGUUGUGUCCAAGGUGCCCUAUUGCAUUUACUCCAAGGAGAGAUCGGCACAGGUUGGGCACCUGGCUAUUCCUCUCAAAACAUACAGCCAGACCACUCCAUCUCACACACAGGGAUACGCACCAGUGUCAAUGCUCCCAACUGCAGUGUCCGCUAUGUAAAGCCAGAACGAUCAAAUUCUUUACUCCUAGACUUCUAGAGAGGAUGCAGCCAAGCUUCUGUGGGGUCCUGUGAUUUACAGUUCGCUCUCUGUAUCUCCGUAUUAGUUGCAUGAAGAUUUGACGCUGAGUCAUGGCUAACCCCUAACCCCUAACCCUAACCCUACAAUUCACAGCAAAUGUAACAUCUGCAUGAAACCUCACUAUUGCUUUUUCUUUUUCUCUUUCUUAUGAUAACGAAUAAGUGUAAGAUGGUUUAUUAUUGUAUAAAACUACUGUGCACAUAUUUACUGCUGCAGUUU